GGAGUAUAAGAGUUCUUAUUCCCCUAUCGGCGCACGAAAUGUAUAGAUAGAAUCUAACUAUAAAUAAAUAUCAAGAGCCGAAGUUUGUAAUGUCUCACAGGCGCAAUAUAUGAAUUACCAUUCCUAAAUACCACCAUACCCAACCCACCUCCAAUCACAAGCAAAGCAGCACACCCCCGAUGGCGUCAGCGCUGCCACUCCAGAACAUCCUAUCGUGUCCCGCACACGUCCUCCCCGACAUAGUGCAGACCCCAAUUGACGUCUCUCAGAAGCCGUACAAAGCACCCACCCGGAUCCUGAUCAUCGGCGCCGGCGUCUUCGGCCUCAGCACCGCGCUCUCGCUAUCCCAACGUCCCGAAUUCGCACAAACCACCAUAACAAUCCUCGACCGCUCCCCCGAGACCGGCGUCUUCCCCUCCCGCGACGCCUCCUCCAUCGACUCCUCGCGCAUCAUCCGCCCCGACUACGCCGACCCAUCCUACGCCAAGCUCGCCUCCGAGGCGCAAGCACGAUGGCGCGAAACCGAAAUCGGCCGUGACGGACGAUAUACCGAGUCCGGGUUCAUAUUAGCGGCGGACGCCGGCCCGUUGAUGAGGGAAGAUGGCUCGCCGACGGGGAUCGCGUACGCGAAGAAGAGCUGGGUGAACGCGAUGGCGCUGGCGCAAGCCGAAGGGCGGCCUCUGAGCUCCGUGCGGUUGAUGGCGGGGGCUAAGCGACUCGCUCGCGUAACCGGGGUGGGAGAGUUCGCCGACUGGGGAUACUUGAACGACGCGAGUGGCUGGGCGGACGCCGAAGCGAGUAUGGGAUGGUUCUACGAGCAGGUUAUUGAGACGGGCCGAGUUACCUUCGUCAACGGAACGGUGGAGAGCCUUGAGACAAACGAGGCGGAGAGGAAGGUUACCGGGGCACGACUGAAGGACGGCAGCACGAUUUCGGCGGACCUAGUGAUUACGGCUGCGGGCGCCUGGACGCCUACGCUGAUAGAUCUAUCGUCGCAAGCCAUAGCUACGGGUCAAGUUCUCGGAUACAUCGAUCUUACAGAAGAGGAACAAAAGAAACUAGAGGAUAUCCCAGUGAUUCUGAACCUAACAACAGGCUUCUUCGUUAUCCCUCCUAGGAAUCGCGUGCUCAAGGUCGCGAGACACGCAUUUGGAUAUCUGAAUCCCAAGACACCUUCCCAGGCUCCUCUAGGAAUCCCCGGAUCUGAGAAGUCGACAGUCAAACCCAUCUCCCAACCCUUUACCCACAUUGACGAUCCCUCCCUCUCGAUCCCGGAGGAAGGCGAGAGGUCGCUACGGGAAGGCCUGCGAAGGUUAAUUCCCUGGCCAGAAUUACAAGAGCGGCCAUUUUCACGCACUCGCCUCUGCUGGUAUACCGACACCGCCACAGGAGACUGGAUAAUAGACUACCACCCAUAUUGGCAAGGGCUAUUUGUUGCUACAGGCGGCAGUGGGCACGCUUUCAAAUUCUUACCAAUUAUUGGUGAUAAGGUGGUGGAUUGCAUUAUGGGUCAUUGUCCUAUAGAAUUUCAGCAGAAGUGGAAGUGGAAGGCAGUAGAUGAUAUAGAGAAGGCCAUUGUAACGCAGGAUGGAAGCAGGGGCGGCGAACCAGGGCUUAUUCUCGAAGACGAGUUUAAGAGGGUCAGCAAAGACAAGUAGUUACUACAAAUCAUACUUCGUUCACGACAAUUCACAGUAUAAGACACACCAAAAGCAUAAGUAGACUUAAAAGGGGAAAAUGAUGCAAUUAUAUGCUCC